GUGGAAAUGUUCUGGGUUUAGAGAGUCAGAGAGCCGCGUGUCCACGAAAGGACAGCGCGUAUCAACUGCCUACGAGGGAGGCCUCGCUUCUCGAGCCGCCUUUCUCUUUAGCUUCGAGCCGCGGCUCAGUUUUCACGGCAGCCUCAUCCAGCAACUACUCGCAGAAUGUCUGGAAGACAGAAACGUGGUGAAACGUUAACGUGAUUUUCUUCGUCUCCUUUGCGUACUGAUUUCGCGCGCGUGAAACGGAUCGAAUGGUAAACUGGUCGAGCGACGAAUAUGUGACUCGAAGACGACGACUGUCAUCGUGCUUUCAGAACGUGCUGUCCGUACGCGAACCGCAAUACAAGAUGAUACUUUUCCCGUUAUUAUGGGUUUUGAUCGUGCCCCCUGCCAUCAUGGGCGGCUACGUUCCACCCGGACCACGGUUCAGAUGUCCCAAAGAACCAAAGUACGUCUAUCCUUGCGUGUGCGUUCGUGGCAGUGACAGAGGCCUUUAUGUUCGUUGCGAGAACACCAAUUUGGCAAGUUUGAGCUUGGCCUUCUCCAAUUUGGGCAACGAGGGCACACCGAUCGAGGAACUUGUUCUCUACAAAUGCAACAUAGGACGUUUUUACGGGCCCGCUCUCUACCCUCUGGACGUUCGAGUGUUAAGGUUCAUCGACACUCCGUUGAGACUGAUAGAAGAACAUAGCUUUCUCGGCGUGAACAGAACUCUGCAAGAACUCUACGUGAUAAACAGCACUCUAGAGAAAUUCCCGCGUCAGGCGUUGCAAAUUUUAGGGAAUCUGAGUAUACUGAGUAUCGUUGGCCAUCGAAUCUCCACUCUACCGGUGGACAGCUUCGCUGACAGCAUCGCGGCUGCUAAAAUCGAAAAAUUGGAGAUCAGCAACGGCACUCUGACUUCUUUGCCCGUGGAAGCGUUGACUCCUCUGAAGAAACUGAAGAAAUUAGAUCUUCACGACAACGAGAUUAAGGAGCUGAAGAGGAAUCAAUUCAAGGGUUUGAGGGACACGGAAUAUCUAGAUCUGUCCCACAAUCAGAUUAACAAGCUCGAUGGAUCUCAUUUGGCCGACUUAACGAAGAUGGGCUGGUGCAAUUUGUCUCACAAUGCCAUUUCAGAUCUAAAGAGGGGAACAUUCGCGAGAAACUCGCUGCUGAAGGUGCUCAAUCUGAGCCACAAUAAAAUCAGAAAACUCGACUCGAAUACCUUCCGUGGCAUGCGCUUCUUGAUAAGAUUGUACUUGAGCGACAAUCAGAUAAACGACGUUGGAAGAGGUACCUUUGGCCCUGUUACCAGGAUAGGCACCAUCGAUCUGGCUAGGAAUUUUAUCAAAAAGAUCGACUUCCAGAUGUUUAAUCAGCUACAGUUCGCAGAGCUGUUGGACGUGUCCGAGAACUUUGUGACAGUGGUAGAAAAGCUGUCCUUCAAAGAUCUUUACUUGGCGAAGAUCAAUUUAUCUCGCAACGAGAUUUCAAAUAUAGAACCAGGCGCCUUCGAAAACUGCGUCAACAUCACGGUCCUGGAUCUAAGUCACAACAAGCUCGAAAAUAUUUCCAGAUACUCGUUCGACAGUGCAACUUACGCGACGGAACUGCGAUUGAGCUACAAUCGAUUCACCGCGGUCAACCAGGUGCCGCUGCACAACAUGACCGGGCUGAAAGUUCUCAACGUGUCGCACAAUUUGAUCCAUUCGGUGCCUCGUCAGACGUUUCCCAAGCUAUACGAGCUGCAUACGAUCGAUCUGUCCCAUAACAACUUGUCCGAAAUCCACAACGCCGUAUUUCAGACUCUCUUCAGUCUUCGUUUCUUAAAUCUAUCGUACAAUUCUCUGGAGAAGAUAAAACCGUCCACGUUCGGUCCUCUGCCAACGCUCUUGGAGUUGGACAUGAGUUACAAUCAAUUGAACGAUAUCGCUCGUGGCAGUUUAACCAGAUUACCAAGCUGCAGGAGCCUGUCCGUCAGGAAUAAUCGUUUGACCAAGAUCUUCCAGUUGCCUAUUUCUCUCGGUAGCCUAGAUUUUUCCGAAAAUUGGCUGGAGGAAAUUCCAACGAUGGACGUAUGGCCCACGAUGAACGCUCUUCUCUCGCUGGAUCUUUCGGGGAAUCGAUUGGGCGAUAACCUGAAACAUGGCAGCUUCGAAAACCUGCUUACCUUGAGGACUUUGAACCUGCGGUCGAACAACAUGACGAGGCCACCGUGGGAGGCACUAAGCACCCUAACUAGCUUGCAGUAUCUUUAUAUGCAGCACAACCAGCUAACCGGAUUAGGAAAGUCCGCGUUCGGACGUCUUCCAAUAGUGUUCGAACUGAAUCUAGCGAACAAUCGGAUAUCGAACGUGAGCACUCGAGCUUUCGAGGGACUGUUGCAGUUGUUGACGCUGAAUUUGACGAACAAUAAACUUACCCACAUCCCCAACGGAGCGUUUCAGAGUCUCGUCUCUUUGAGGUCUUUGGACCUUUCUCACAACAAGCUGGAAAGACUGGAUAACAAAACUCACGGGCUUCUGGACGAUUGUUUAUCUCUGGAGAGGCUCAAUCUCAGUCACAAUAGGAUAUCUUUUAUAACGAAGAAAACGUUUCCCAACGAUCCUUGGAUCCCUUAUCGGUUGAAGGAAGUCGAUCUUUCGUACAACACCAUGCCUGUGCUGACGCACGAACUCACUGUAGGAACGAAAAAGUUGCAGUACUUGAAUAUCAGUCAUAAUAACAUCAACGAGAUUCGAAGAUACGUGAUUGGGAAUUUGACAGCGAUACGAACGCUGGACCUCUCCUACAACGAGAUCAACGACCUCUCAGAACCGGAUAUCUUUGAUCCUCCGAAGAAUUUGACUAAUCUGUACCUGAGUCACAACCGUCUGACUCACGUACCCUUGAACAAGAUCCUUCCGUUGCCAAAAUUGAAGAUUCUCGACGUGAAAUCCAACUCGAUCGGAGUGUUCAACGAUAUGUUCAUGAAAAUCAUAGAAAAUAGCACCAAGCUUCAGUAUACUGGAAAUCCGUUGCACUGCGACUGUUACGUGAGGCCCUUGAAACGAUGGCUGAACGUUCAUACCGAAAUACCGAAGGAAUGGUCGAACGUUAGCUGUGAAAGUCCGCGCUUCCUUGCCAACAAACUGCUGACCGAGGUGACGGAAGAUCUGAUGGCAUGCGGUCAGAGGGAAGUGAAAGAGUAUCCCGAGUUCGACAUCACUCCGGACGUAAAGUAUCGAAAUCUCGAGUACAACGAGGAGGACAAGAGUUGGAAGGCGACGUGGUACGUGACGUCGCGAGAAGACAUCGGCGACUUUUACGUGGUGGUUCGCGAAUCUGGAAGCAGCAAGUCGGCGAUCGAGAAAGAUCUGGUCUACAGCGAGAGGUCCUUUAAAAUUCCAGAGUUACAGGAUUCCGGGACAAAGUACGAGCUGUGCGUGCUGGCGAGAGACUCGGAGGGGAACGUGAAACAUUUUCGAAGCUCUCAGUGUAGGAUAUUGGCGCAGCACGGGCUCGACUCUUCAACGUCGAGGUUCACAGUGAACGCGUUCCUGAUUCUAAUCGCCGUGUCCUUCGCUACUCUAGCGUGAUGGCAGAAGAAAAGAGCGUCGCGACAUCGUGCUAGAUGUUUCGCGCGAUUCUCUCGCUGCUCCCACGACUAACCGUGUAAAUAACGAUACGAUCGUAAAUCAAUGUUCCGGCGUGGAUCGUGGCUGUACAUAGGUUGUGUUUUACCAGUACGCAUCGCGAAGACGUUGACCGUCGUGUAUUUAUUUUUGUAAAAUAUAGUCGCUGAUUGGUACUACGAUUCUCGUUGUUCGCUCUGGACGAAGAAAUAUCACAUGCUCGGGAGAGGCGCAGGCGAUUUGUCGGCAAGGA